AUAUACUGCACAGGCGCGCGAGCUCUGCCACUCACCCGGCCAGAGAAGCGGCAAAACAGAGAGCCGCCGCCGACGAGAACGACGGGGAGGAGCUUUAGUUUGGCGCGCGCGCGAUGGUGUUCGCGUCCGGGUCCGGCGCCGCCGGCGGCCCGCAGGUGCUGACGGCGCGGUUCGUGCGGCAGGUGGUGCUGGGCCGUUGGUUCAUGGUGUUCGCAUGCCUGCUCAUCCUGUCGGCGUCCGGGGCGACGUACAUCUUCAGCAUCUACUCCAAGGUGCUCAAGUCGUCGCUGGGGUACGACCAGCGCACGCUCAACACGCUCUCCUUCUUCAAGGACCUGGGCGCCAACGUGGGCGUCAUCUCGGGCCUCAUCAACGAGGUCACGCCGCCGUGGGUGGUGCUCGCCAUGGGCGCCGCCAUGAACCUUGUGGGCUACCUCAUGAUCUACCUCGCCAUCGACGGGCGCACCGCCAGGCCACCCGUCUGGCUCAUGUGCAUCUACAUCUGCGUUGGGGCCAACUCCCAGUCUUUCGCCAACACCGGCGCGCUCGUCACCUGCGUCAAGAACUUCCCGGAGGACCGCGGCGUCGUGCUCGGCAUCCUCAAGGGAUUCGUCGGCCUUAGCGGCGCUAUCUUCACGCAGCUCUACCUCGCCAUCUACGGCGACGACGCCAAGUCGCUCGUGCUGCUCAUCGCCUGGCUCCCCGCCGCCGUCUCCAUCCUCUUCGUGCACACCGUCCGCAUCAUGCCGUACCCGCGCGCCAGCCGACGCCGGGGCGCAUCGGCGGCCACCAGCAACGACGCCUUCUUCUGCUUCCUCUACAUCUCCAUCGCGCUCGCGGCCUACCUCCUCGUCAUGAUCGUCGUGCAGAGGCAGGUCAACUUCUCGCACGCCGCCUACUCGGUCUCGGCCGCGGCGCUGCUCCUCGUCCUGUUCCUGCCGCUCGCCGUCGUCGUCAAGCAGGAGUACAAGAUCCAGAAGGAGCUGGAGGAGUCCCUCCGCGAGCCCCCCACGGUGACCGUGGAGAAACCAGCCUCGCUGCAGCUGGCAGCAGCACCACCUCAGAGCCAGAGCAUGACGACGGGAACGACAGAGGCCGCCGCCGAGCCGUCGAGGCCGUCGUCCAGCUCCAGCAGCUGCCUGGGGUCUUGCCUUCGGCACAUGUUCAGCCCGCCGGCGCAGGGGGAGGACUACACCAUCCUGCAGGCGCUGGUGAGCGUGGACAUGCUGGUGCUGUUCCUGGCCACCAUCUGCGGCGUGGGCGGCACGCUGACGGCGAUCGACAACAUGGGUCAGAUCGGGCAGUCGCUGGGGUACCCGGCCAAGAGCAUCAACACCUUCGUCUCCCUCAUCAGCAUCUGGAACUACGCCGGUCGCGUCACCGCCGGGUUCGCGUCGGAGGUGUUCCUGGCGCGGUACAAGUUCCCGCGGCCGCUGAUGCUGACGCUGGUGCUCCUGCUCUCGUGCGUCGGCCACCUGCUGAUCGCCUUCGGCGUGCCGCAGUCGCUCUACGUGUCCUCCGUGGUGAUCGGCUUCUGCUUCGGCGCGCAGUGGCCGCUGCUGUUCGCCAUCAUCUCCGAGGUGUUCGGGCUCAAGUACUACUCCACGCUCUACAACUUCGGGUCCGUGGCCAGCCCCAUCGGCGCCUACGUGCUCAACGUCCGCGUCGCGGGGGCGCUCUACGACGUCGAGGCCGCCAAGCAGCACGGCGGGUCCCUGGUGGGCGCCGGCGACAAGACCUGCAUCGGCGUGGAGUGCUUCCGCAAGUCGUUCCUCAUCAUCACCGCCGCCACGGUCGCCGGCGCGCUCGUGUCGCUGGUGCUGGUGUGGCGGACAUGGAACUUCUACAAGGGCGACAUCUACGCCAAGUUCAGGGAAAGCGCGGACGCCGCCGAGGCGGAGGCGGAGGAUCUGAAGCGGCCCAAGGAGACGGCGGAGGCGGAGAGCGAGGUUAACGGGAGGAAGCAGUAGGCGCAUAGGGCACCGCGCCGCGCCGCACGCAGGCGCUGGUGUCCAUGGCGGCCGCCGGCCGGGGGCCUGGCGCUUGCGUUGACUCGGUCGAGGUCGAGGAAGCCACACUCACACUGUCGUCACACAGUGAGCUAACGCUCGGUUUUGACUUGGUAUACGUGUCAAGAUCUCCGUUCGUUGCUGUUCUUGCUCUGGAGCUCAAGUUGGAUGGCAAUGGGCAGUGAAGUGAAGGCCGCAGCAGCAGUCUGAUGAGUCUCUGAGUGAGAGCAGCUAUCACUGCUAACUGCAGGUGAUUAGGUGCACGGUUACUGUGUAAUCUUUUAGCAGGGAAAGAAAAAAACUAGUGGUGCUUGACUGUAGUAUAAAGUACACCUGCUUCUUUUUACCUGUUGUAUGGAUAUGUACUUUUGUAACUGCUACUGCUCUUAAUCUUCAAACUGGAGAGGAAAGGGGUAAAAUGUUCUUUCUUUAUC